AUCGCACACUCGAAUUCAUCCACUCACUCCUCCCCUCCACUCCGCCAUCACUUUGCACUCCUUCCCUUCCUUACACCGAACCUCGUUGCGAUCUCGACCUGACCCGACCUGAACUUCAACAACCAUGGCACUCCUGCCCUCAAAGCUCACCAGCGCAUGGCUGCUCAUCCUUGGAGUUCUCUUCCAUGUCACCUAUAUCUGCUCCAUCUUUGACAUCUACUUCACCUCCCCUCUGGUCCAUGGCAUGGACCAGCAUCGCGUCAACCAGCCUGCCCCUGCAAAGCGUCUUGUUCUCUUUGUCGCCGAUGGUCUUCGCGCGGACAAACUUUACCAGUUCCAUCCAGAUCCAGAGACGAGCGAGCUAGUGACAAAAGCCCCCUUCCUGCGACAUAUCAUUGAGAACGAGGGUACAUGGGGCGUGUCCCAUACGCGUGUCCCCACAGAGUCGCGUCCUGGUCACGUCGCCAUCAUUGCCGGUUUCUACGAGGAUGUCAGUGCGGUUACUAAAGGCUGGCAGAUGAACCCAGUUAACUUUGAUUCGGUUUUUAAUCAGAGCGAACACACCUGGUCAUUUGGAUCGCCCGAUAUUCUACCCAUGUUUGCCCAUGGAGCAUCCGAUCCAGACAGAAUCGACACCAUCAUGUACCCAGCAGAGCACGAAGACUUUGGCGCAGGCGAUGCUAGCGUCCUGGAUACCUGGGUCUUUGAAAAGUUCACCCAAUUGUUCGAGCAGGCAGCCACGGAUGCGGAACUGCGCAAGAAGCUGCACUCGGACAAAAUUGUGUUCUUCCUGCAUCUCCUCGGUCUGGACACAAAUGGCCACUCUCACCUCCCCACUUCGGAGUUCUACAUCAACAACAUCAAAAUCGUGGAUGAGGGCAUCAAAAAAGUCACGGAGCAGUUGCGCGACUUCUAUGGCGACGAUGGCAAAACUGCCUAUGUGUUCACUGCUGACCAUGGCAUGGGCAACCGCGGUGCCCACGGAGAUGGCCAUCCUGACAACACUAGGACGCCCAUUGUCGCCUGGGGAGCGGGAAUUCAAGGCCCUAACAAGAUCAACCCUCAGGGCCACGACGAGUUCUCUGCGGACUGGAGUUUGGAUGGGUACAGCAGAAACGACGUGAAGCAGGCAGAUAUUGCACCCCUCAUGGCCUCACUCAUUGGAAUCAACUAUCCUGUCAAUUCUGUUGGAGAGCUCCCCUUACCUUAUCUGGACGCGUCUGAUUCGUUCAGAGCAGCGUCCACGUUCACGAAUACCCUUCAAAUUCUGGAACAGUACCAUGUCAAGCAGGAGCAAAAGCGCCGCACGGAGAUCUUUUUCAAGCCGUUCCCUGGACUGACUGGCGAGCAUUCGCCCGAGGCUGUCAAGGCGCAGGUGCAGGCCCUUAUCGAUAAUGGGAAGUACAAAGAGGCUGAGGCCGAGUGUGCGGUUGUCCGUAACCUCUGCCUGGAGGGUCUUCGUUAUCUUCAGACUUACGACUGGCUGUUCCUUCGCUCAGUUGUAUCUGCAGGAUAUCUUGGGUGGAUCGUCUUCAGCUUGAACUUCAUCCUCAGGACAUUUGUUAGCGCCAGCGAUUCCCGCGCAUUGGGAUCUACCAGAACCCAAAGAGCCAACAGGCAUGUUGCAUCGCCGGAUGAAAACCAGUUGAUCGACAUCUUAGCAAUAGUUGUUUUUGUAGUUUUCGCCAUCGUUCUCAUCAUCAAGCAAUCGCCAGCAUUGUACUAUGCCUAUGUGGCAUUUCCCGUCUACUUCUGGAGUCGCGUGUUGGUGGACCGUAAUGAGCUCCUGGCAGCUAUUUCCAAGACCACCCAGGAUUAUGGAUGGAUCAAGACUCUCGGCUCCGUGUUGGGAUACAUCAUCGCUCUAGAGAUCUUGGUCUAUAGUUACUUUAACAGAGCGAUUCUGUCAGUAUGCUUCCUGUUUUUGGCUCUUUGGCCUGUCUUUUUGCCUGGCAGCAUCCAGCGCAACAACACGGUUCUCAUGGCAUCAUGGUCGCUCUCAUGCUUGGGAACAAGCAUCUUUACUCUUCUUCCCGUAGAAAUGGGCGAGGACAAAGCUCUGAUUAUUGCAGGAGGUUUGCUUCUGACUGUCAGUGGAGUUUUCGCAGUGCUGAUUGUCCCUGGCGCGACCGCCGGGACCGACACGGAGCAGCAGGAUGGUGGCAAAACCGCCAAAUCUGUCAUGAUGUUCCAGACUGGUCUUAUUGCUUUCUCGACAAUCAUUGUAAACGAUACGGUCAAGAGUCUUGCUGCACAUGAGGGAUUGCCAUUGUUGAACCAAACGCUUAGCUGGCUCAUUUUGUUUAUCACGGGCAGUAUUCCUUUUGUCUACGGUGCCCGCUCAGGCCAACACUACCUUCUGCGUAUGGUCAUCAUCUACUUGUCCUUCGCUCCCAUCUUUAUCCUUCUGAGCAUCUCAUAUGAGUCCAUUUUCUACUUCUUCCUCUCAACGACACUUCUGUCAUGGCUCAUGUUGGAGAGAAAGAUUUACUCUGCACGCGAAAUGCAACCUCUUUCCGAUACACUCUACUCUGAAAAGCGGACGUUGGCCGCGUCUUCAUCUUUCCCUUCGUCCUCCACAGGUGCCAACGGAUCUAAUGCAAGUCAAGUAGUAACGAUUGACUACCCCACGCGUGGACUUGGACCCAAGGAUGCCCGUCCAGCGAUCUUCUUCCUCUUUUUUAUCAACGUCGCCUUCUUUGGCACCGGCAAUGUUGCUUCGCUGGCGUCGUUCUCGCUCCAGUCUGUGUUUCGGUUGACGACAGUCUUCAAUCCCUUCUUCAUGGGUGCGCUUCUGAUCGUUAAGAUUCUGAUACCGUUCUUUCUGGUGUCCUCAAUCUUUCGCGUGCUGGGUCGAUCGCUCGAUCUGCCGCCAUUUUCGCUCUUCCUGCUGGGACUUGCAACAACGGAUGUGAUGACGCUCAACUUCUUCUACCUUGUACGGGAUGAUGGAUCUUGGCUAGAGAUAGGAACGAGUAUCAGCCAUUUCUGUAUCUCGUCCUUGAUGGUCCUUUUUACCAUCUUGUUGUUUGCCUUGAGCGAUCUCCUUGUCGGACAGGUCUUGGUCCCUGUCGUUGGUGAGGGUCGGCGAAAGAAGAGGAGUUAGUGACAAUGCGUGCUUCUUUGGUUACAUUUACGAUAGAACAGCACCUAAUCCACAUUUGCCCAUAGAAUCUUUAAACCAUGUUUUCCAUUUCUCAAUUUGACA